GGCAGGUGCCGCCGCGGGCAGCAGCGAGGUGGCCGCGUGCGCCGCGGGGCUGUAGGGCAGGGCGCGGCUCGGCUCGGCUCUGCCCUCCCCUUUCCUUACCCCGGCAAGGAGGAGCGGGACGGAGCAGCGGGCUGCACGCGGCGGCUGCGCCUGCCCACCGCGAGGGGACGGGCGGGCGGUGGCGGAGGUGUGAGGCGGAGGCGGGGGAUGCGAGCGGGCAGAGGCAGUGGCCCGGUGGCGCCGGAGCAGCCGGGCACCGCCUGACGCGGCGUCGCUCCCUCAUUCCCUCCCUCCCUCCGUCCCACCGGCGGGGCUGAGCCCGCGGCCCCGCCGCAGAGCCGCGCGGGCUCGGCGGGGGCAGCCCCUCCCGCCGUCCGCCGUCAGUGACCGAUCUGCCGCGGCCCAGGACGAUGUUCUCCUGCCCGCCGCAGAAGAAGGCGUGACGGCGAGGAGCGGGCCCGCCGUCGUGAGAAGGAGGAGCGGCGCCCCGCAUCUCCGCAGCCGGGGGUGGGCAGGCGGGUGGAUCGGGAAGCGCGGCGCCCCGGUGCCCGCGGGCGACGCGCGGCCGCAGCCCGCCGGUAGCGGCCUCACGCCGGGAGUCAAAUGCCAGCGCCGGUGCCACGGCUCGCUCUGCCUCCUCCGGAGAAUGCAUCCGUGUCCGCCGCGCUGCUGGCGGCGGUGCUAGGGGGAGCGGCGGCGUGGAGCUUUGCGUGCACCGCCUGCCCCAUCCCGCUCCGCCUCUGAGGCACACGGAGCCCUUGGCGGCCGCGCACGUCCCGGCCAGAAGCGCCGCAGCCCCCGCCAGCCCCUCGCAGAGAAGGCGAGCGCCUCCCCGUCCGCCCGCAGGAGGGGACCCGUCCGCCCCCGAAGCCGCCGCUGCCGCCUGCCCGGGGGCCGGAGCCGCUGCCUGCGGGCGCCCGGCGGGGCCGGCGGCCAUGGGAGCCCGGCCCGCGGGGGGCGCUCCGUAGGGUGCGGGCGGCCCCGCUCGGCCCCCGGCAGCUGCGGCGAGCCCAGCGCAGCGUCCCCGCCGCCACGGGGCUGCGGAGCUGCCGGCGAGGCGAGGAGCGCCCCGGGGACGCGGCACCGCCGGUGCAAGGCGCCGCUGGCCGCCAUGGGGGAACAACCGAUCUUCAGUACCCGAGCUCAUGUCUUCCAGAUUGACCCAAACACUAAGAAGAACUGGGUUCCCACCAGCAAGCAUGCUGUUACUGUGUCCUACUUCUAUGACAGCACAAGAAAUGUCUACAGGAUAAUCAGUUUGGAUGGCUCAAAGGCAAUAAUAAAUAGCACCAUCACCCCCAACAUGACAUUUACUAAAACAUCCCAGAAGUUUGGCCAAUGGGCAGACAGCAGGGCGAACACAGUCUAUGGCUUGGGAUUUUCAUCUGAACACCACCUUUCAAAAUUUGCUGAAAAAUUUCAGGAAUUCAAAGAAGCUGCACGAAUAGCAAAGGAAAAAUCCCAUGAAAAGAUGGAGCUAACAAGUACACCCUCUCAAGAAUCAGCUGGAGGGGAUAUUCAGUCUCCUUUAACGCCGGAAAGUAUUAAUGGGACAGAUGACGAGAGAGCGAUGCCAGAAGUGACGCAGAACUCAGAACCAAGGGCUGAACCAACACAGAACGCAUUGCCAUUUACCCAUAGCUCGACAAUCAGCAAGCAUUGGGAGGCAGAACUGGCCACACUCAAGGGUAAUAAUGCUAAGCUCACAGCAGCCCUGCUGGAGUCCACUGCCAAUGUGAAACAAUGGAAACAGCAACUUGCUGCAUAUCAGGAGGAAGCAGAACGUCUUCAUAAGCGGGUGACUGAGCUAGAGUGUGUAAGCAGUCAAGCCAAUGCAGUCCACACACAUAAAACAGAAUUAAAUCAGACAAUACAGGAGUUAGAGACUACACUGAAGAAAAAAGAAGAGGAAAUAGAAGGAUUGAAACAAGAAAUCGAAAAUGCCAGAGAGCUCCAGGCACAGAGGGAUUCUCUGACCCAGAAGUUACAGGAAGUAGAAAUUCGAAACAAAGACCUGGAAGGCCAGCUGUCUGAUCUAGAGCAACGUCUGGAGAAAAGUCAGAAUGAGCAAGAAGCUUUUCGCAAUAACUUGAAGACACUUUUAGAAAUUCUUGAUGGAAAAAUAUUUGAACUAACAGAAUUACGAGAUAACUUGGCCAAGCUAAUAGAAUGCAGUUAAGAAAAGGGGAUUUCAGUGCCAAUCAGCUUAAAGAUGCACUGUCUCUCUUCAUAGGACUGUGUUGGGCUCUGCAUCAAAGUUGCACAAAUUUAGAAAAUGCUCCUCUGAGAGGGAUUGUUUUAAAUUUCAGUUGUAUUUCAAUGUAAAAUUUAGAACUCAGCUUGUUGAAGAAAAAAAUAAGAAACAAAAAAACUUGAAUUACAAAUUACCUCCUUGUACAUUAUUGGCCACAAAUAACUUGAAAGAUAUUAAUAAUAAUUGAAUGCAAUCCUUUUCUAAUUAUCAGUGAUGGAAGAACUAGCAGUGUCCCAAGUCACAUCCCCUUUUUGUGAUAGAUACAAUAGAGGUUUUCUGCUGUUUUAUUUAUUUAAGAUAUUUAAUUGCUGUGUUUUGUGCAAGAACUUAGUGAUGACAGCCCUGUAUUUUGUUGUUCAUAAUAAUUUCUCAGGGUAUGUUGCACUGUGGAGAAGCAGUGCCGGUACCAAUUUAUUUUUGCCAGGAAUGAGAGAGAGUUGCAUCUUUAAUUGAAACAGAUUUACUAUAACUGCUUGUAUAAAAUUCUUCUUUUUUUGGGUUUUUUUGGUUGUUUGGUUGGUUGGUUUUUGAUUUUUUUAUAUAUAUAUAUAUAUAAUGGAAGAUACAGUAUUUCUUUAUGGAGCUACUCUGGUGUUCUACAAUAUUGUCCAAUGUAAGGUUUACUUUUUCAUAUGAAUUCUAUGUAAUUACAGUGAGAUAGUAUCUUCCACUUAACUAUAUUUUUAAGCCAAUCAAUGAUGGAAGGUGAGUCCCCUAGGGAAAAAAAAGCCCCAAACCCCCUGAGAAUUUUAAAUGUAAAUUCAAAAUUUUAAAUUUGACCUGCACAGAUAACAAGGAAUGGCCAGUUGUUUGUUUUCUGGCCUUGAUACAUAUAUUGAAUGUUCGAUUAACUGUUAACCUGCUCUGCGGGAGGCUUUUUCAGAAUGUCACAUGAAAUUCAGGUUCUGUGAAUAAUGACUUAUGGGGAGCACUGUUUUGUUACAGAUUGCACUAAGGGCAUAGAGCUCUUGCAAGGGAUUGCUCAUACACUGAACUUGUCUAGACAAGAAGGCUGUUUCUUGAAGUUUUGUUAUCAUAGCAAAUUGAAUUGAAGACAUAUUUACUCUUUUAUGGGUCUUCAUAUCACAUCUUUAUCAAAACUAUACCAGGCAAUAUUCUGAACUAUUAAUUAAGCGUUUAAAAACAGAAAAUUGAAUUCAAUUACCCUCCAUGAGCAGGUUUUAAAGUUGUUUUGAUGUAAUUUUAACAGACUUUUGGCAAACACACAUUUCUUUAUAUAAUAGAUUUAUUUUAAAAAAACCUAACUCUUUGAAAGGUAAGCCAAGUGUCAUGUGUCUUGCAUCACAGUGCAUUCUUGCCAUAAUUUGCUUGUAAUAUUGAAGAGGGCUUUUUUAAAAUGGAUGAGCGAGUGCCAGACUUCAGAGUCGAAAGAUGCACGAACCCUUGUUUGCUCCCCAAAUUAAUUUGAAUGUUAAACAUGAAGUCUAGCUGCUUUGUACAACACAGUUUUCUUCACUUAGAGACUGAUAUUCAAAACUAGAAAAGAUAAGUUUGUUUUCAUGUGUGUACUGUGUGUAUAUACCAUAUAAUACACACGGGUUGUCAUUUAUAUUGGAAAGACAUGCUUUAUUUCUAAAAUACCUUUUUUUUCAUUUACCAGUGAUUUUUCAGGUCUCCCCUGACUAGUCAGGGAAGUGGCUUAGGUCAAAUGCUAAACUGUCAUGUAUUAUAUGGUAUGUAAUAUACACAAUGUUUACGCUUUCUCCAUAUUUUUUAGGGUAUUUUCUCACAUUUAUUAAAGGGGUGGGGGGAGCUUGUUUCAUUGUGCUACUGGUUGAAAACUUUGUGGUGAACUAUGUGUUUUUUCAUUCAGGGGAUUUUAGACAGUGGUGUGUAUAUCUUCAUCAGGUCCAGAUGAGCAGAUACAGCCAGUUUUUAAUUUUCCUGGGGAUAUUUGGGCCUGAUUCUCCUGUCACUUGUGCUGCUGUAAACCAUAUGUCCUUGAUGUGAUGUCAGCAACAUUCCGUUGGCAUAACAUCUGUGGAAGUGCAAGGAGAAUUUGGCCUGCUAAUGCUCAGUGGACAUAAUAAGGAUGAAGAAAGAAUAAAAAGCUAAUGAUGGAAUAAAUGUAAUAUUAUUUUUAAUGAUAUUAUUAUUGACAUUUUUAAAGAUAUGAUGUCAUAUGUGUGGGGAAAGAGUGGACUGAAAUAUUUCCACUUAAAUUUUGUGAAUAUGUGUGGUACAUGAGCAUUUCUAUGUAUAAGUACACACACAUAUGUAUAUACAAAACAUGGAAAAAUUUAGAUGUGCACAUUUUUAAUAUUUUCCUAUUGAAAUUAAAUUUAAAAUUGGAAAUUGAUAUUUGAGAAUUUCUUUUCUCAUAGACUAGAUAUGCUUCAUUUCUUUUUUUUUUUAAUAAUACAAUUGCUGAGGGCUGCACCUUUGAAUUCCCAAACAGUUGCCAAACAUAAAUAUGGGAUAAGGUGGACAUACGUGCACAUAUAAAUAAAAUCCUAUGUCUAAGACUAUUUUUAAUGCUUAUGUACAGUAGGCAAGUGUUUAGAAAUUGUGAUCUAAAGUUUAUGCUUAGGUGGCUAUACCUACUGUAGCCUCUCCACUUCUGUUUUAAGAUAAAAAUUUUCUGGUUUAAAGCAUUACUGUCUGUGAGACAGGUACUGCACAUUGUAUCUAUCUUUGAUGAAACUAUGGGAAUAUGUAUACAAGAACAGUGUCCAGUACAAUAGCCUGAAAACAUGACCGUGAACUUGCACUGGAGGGGAGAGCAGUCACUUUGUGUAUAACUUGUUACAUGGCAACUACAGUCUUGUAAAAAAAACAAAGCAAAAAGAAUUACCAUAAGCCUCACAGAAAUACAGAAAUAAUAAUAAUAAAAAUAAAUAAAUUAAAAAAAGGAAAAGAAAAAAAGAGGAAAAAAUGAGAAAAAAAUCAAACCCACAGUUUUUUAUUUUGAAAUACACUUGCUGUUCUCUGGAGAAUGUACUUUUACUCUUUUUUCUUUUUUCUUCUUAAAUCUUUUCAAGUAUGUGCAAGUGAUUGCAGCAGCUACCUUAAUCUUUCAGGUGCUACUGGAUUUUGCAUUAGCGUGUUAUGUUGUGAAAUCCUGACUUUGACAUAAAAGAUUUUUGUAAGUAUAUCCCCGUCUGGAUAGCUAGUUUUUGGAGUGUCUUGUUCAUAAUCCAUAUGUCUCAAUGAUCCAGAAAUUGCAUUUUUAUAUGUGGACAAAGUAAAACCUAUGAAUUAAACUGUUUGUUACAGACUGGGAGUUCCUUUUCCUGGCCAGUAUAUCCAGGAAAGAGGAGAAAAAAAUGAACUGCUAAUGCAGAAAUGCUGUUAAAGGUCUCUAAGAAAAUACAUUUUCAGGUAAAAUAUAAAUAAAUAAAUAAAGGGCUAAACCAGA